UGCAAAGCAACCCGCAAAAGCUGCAUCACCAACACCUGCAUCUCCAUUCCCACCUCUACCCGUACCACCGCCACUUCCUCUCCCCUCUUGAAGCAUUGCCGACAACAUCGUAAGACGUAAACACAGCUAAAAUGGACAUCGAUGAAGACGACGAUUUCUACGCGGAUGAGCCGUCCACCGAGCAGCCCACUACAAGCACAACAACAGCCGAAAAUGCUUCUGCUGCUGCUCCUCCACAGGAGGCGUCGCCAAAAGUAGAGGUACCCGAGAGCAAAUCAGAAGAGCUCGAGGAGGGCGAAGAGGAAGACGAGGGCGGCGCCAUGGAUGAAGACGAGGAUGAUUCUGAUAUCGACAUCAUCACCGAGCGCAAAGAUGGCACAAAGGCUGCACCUCCGACACAAUCCCGCUACAGCGACAUCAGAAACAUCCCACAAAGGUCAGCCUCCAACGACAUGGCUAUCAAAGCAGCCCCAGUCAAGGAGGAGGAUUCCGCCAGAGCCUCACCCUCCGACCUUCCUCUCGGUGUCCCCAGCGCCGACAAGGCUGCUGCCGCGGCUUCCAAGUCUACGAUCGACGUCAACGCGAAUCCCGAUUACCCUCCCGUCGGCAAGCCCAUCACCGCGGUCAACAUUGACGAGGACUUGACCGAGAACGAGAAGCCCUGGCGCAAACCCGGUACCGACAUCAGCGACUACUUCAAUUACGGCUUCGACGAGUUCACGUGGGCGCUCUACGCCGCCAAGCAGGAAGCCGUUCGCGGAGAGUUCAGCGGCGACGCUAUUGCCGCCGGCCAGAAGAAGAUGAUGGAGGACUUUGGCAUGAUGAUGAUGGGCGGAAUGAACAUGCCCGGCGGAGGUGCCGCGCCUGGCGCCAACGCGCAGGCCGGUGGCAUGCCUGGAAUGGGUGGCAUGGAAGGUAUGCCGCCCGAGAUGCAGGCCAUGAUGCAGCAGAUGAUGGGUCAGGGUAUGGAUCCCAGCCAGAUGGACCCCUCCCAGAUGUCAGCCAUGUUCAAUGGCAUGCAGGGCCAGGCCGGCAACGCUGGUCAAGGCGGCCAGGGACAGAACUUCAACCAGGGCUUUGGCGGAAAUCAAGGACAGUACGGAGGCUACGACCAGCAGGGCAUGGGAGGCGGCAACCGCGGUGGAUUCGGUAGAGGCCGUGGCGGACGCCGCCAGUGGUAGUCCCCCGCUGCGUUCCGUGUAUGUUUACAAAGAUGUGCUGGUUAUGUAUGUCCAGCCGGGCCGGCGUUUUGGGAAUUCGGUGGUGAGGUCACACAUGGUUUGCUAAAGUUCCGAGAACGGUUCGCGGAACGGCAAAAGCAGGCAUAGAGAUACC